UGUCAAUUUCUGUCAAGUCUUCGUUUUCUUUGGCAUGCAAAUAUGUAAUGUCAAUAGAUUAGGAUUUGUUGAUGUUGUGAUGUCGCGUUUUCAUUCUGAGAAAUAAAAAUUGUGUGUUGAAAAUGGCCAAUUUCGGCGGGCGAAUAGUGAUUUAUAGAUGUUGACCCACAUUUCAGUUAUUUGUUAUAUUUUUUAUUUUGUGCACAAGCAACACGAGCGACCUUGAAGACUCGUCUAUUCGUACGAAAUUGUAAACAUGGAGGAAUCACACCAUCGAAACAUAAUGGACCAUUUAGAAUUAGGGCCCAGUAGUCACCACUUGCAGGAAGAUUUGUCCAAAGGGGUGCUGCGAACAAUCCACAACGUCGAAAACGGAACGCUGCACUUUAUCACGAUUCCUCCGGCGACCAAUUCUCGUGAGCAGGAAUAUAUCGAAAGUUCACUGCUGGGUGCUGAUUUAUUAUCGAGUCACCUACCAAAUGGGUUGUUAGUUGAUUAUAUCGGCGCACCGGGCUCGGCCAAUCCUACUAAUCAGUUUCAUCCACAAACUAAUUUACUUGAUCACCACGGUGGCAUUCAAACAUAUACGGCAGAGGAUCUCCAGUCAUUGGUCGAUGCGAGUUCGUUGCAGUCGCCGGAAAAUGAUCGUAAAUUAUUUUUACAGUUCGUCAAUAAGCCUGCGCCACAGCUAUCCCAUGAAGCACCAGUUAUUGUUACGAACCCCAAGGAUGUUUCCUCCGUCAAUAACUUGAGCGAGCAUGAUAAGCUUGGGCAAUCCUCCCAUUCCCAGUUAGGCGUUAACCAUAUGCCUGUGGUUACAACUGGCAACAGUUUUUUACAUUAUCAUCAGGACCAGCUUCUGAGUACAACGCACAACUCCGUUAAUAACAUGGCCAAUGCAGGAAAUGUUCUCGCCACACAUCAUAAUGCACAUCAUCAUCACUCUCAUCAUCAUGCCCAAACAAUAUCUCAUCAAAUAAUACAGAACACGACACAACAGCAGCAGCAGCAACAGCAACAGCCGCAAUUGCAACAUCAGAACCAGUCUCACCUGUCCUCGAUUCAUUCCAUGCUUCAAGGCGAAUGUUCUCCAUCGAAACUGUUCCAUGUUGCUUCAUCGUCUUCUAGUGCAAACAUUGCCAUCAGCACUGCUACUAGCCAGAACUGUAUCCAAAUUCCUCCACUCACGCCCAUAAAGCGCGUGGAAUCUCCAAAACGUUAUUUGACCUAUCAAAUGGUCCAAACGCAAACCCCAGUCGAAAGGACCCCUACGAAUAUUGUACCUGCAAAUAACUUCCUUACUCGUGAGGACCUCAUCGAUUGUGAGCCUCGGUCUGAAGAUGAAGAGGACCAUGAAGCAGUGAACACCUUAAACAGUAACCACUUCACGAACACAUACUUGCCACACAAGAAGCGUCUUUCGAAAAAGUUAGGCGAUUCGAUAAAUGGAAAUCAAAUUGACCAAUUUCAUCGUGAUUCUGUAAUAUCGAAUGAUCAUCAGCUGGAGCAAGAGAAGCGAUCCCAGCAUGAUCAACGGAGUGAAAUAAUCGUGAAAACAAACACGAAAGCAUUCGCAUGUCAGUUGUGCAGCGAUUCAUUUGAAGAUCAACUAAUGUUUUUCACUCACCUGAAGGGUCAUUAUGAGCCGACUUCGGGGAGUCCCAACGAAGACGGGAAAAGCAACGAUCCCAAAAGGAAACCCAAACUUCCAAGAGUGAAGCAUACGAAAAAACUGAAAAAUGAUAAAUCCACAUCGCAGGAGUUUUCGGAAGACGUUCCAACGGGGAACAACAUUCAGGAAAUCCAACAAAACACAUACAGCGCACAGAACAGUGCUCCAGAUCAGAUCAAAGAGUAUCAGCAGGAAGAUCGAAAGGCUGUGAUGAAUGAUUCCCAAACAGUACCGAGGGUAUUUACCGAACCCGAUAACGCAGAGGAGUUCAGCGAAACAGAAGAUAUGCUGGAGGGCAUACGAAACGUGGUACAAAAAGUUCAGGAGGCGGUCGAUACCGACACAAACGACGGGCUUUGCGAUUCCAGGGGCCGAUCGAUGGUUAACGAUGAGGAGAAAGCUUGGCUCCAGGCGCAACAGCACAUACCACCCAAUCAUCAUACGACGACGGAUAUGGUGAGAAAUCUCGACUUCGGGGGUGAACUGGAUACACAGGAAAUUCAUAUCAACGCCGGGAACGAUAAUUUUGUGCUAUUUCUCAACAAGUCGGAUUUUCACGAGCAAGAAAUGCUUGAUCAGUCAAAUCAGCAUCAACAGCAGCAACAAUCAACUAAUCUCCAGCAACAAUCGGUUGAAAGACAAAUCUCUGCAAAUCAGUCAUCUCAGUCAAUACUCCAACAACUCCAGCCAAACCACAAUCCAUCUUCGGCGGCGUAUAUUCUGAACACCGAACAGCAAUCCACCAUUAACGAGUGUGAUAUGAACAUUCAAAUACUUGGUCUAAGUUCCACGGAGUUGGUUGAUUUCAAUCUUACAACACCCCAAAUGAAUGAACUGAGCGAUGCGAGACUCCUGAAGGACCAUCAUCCAUCGACAGUGGAGUGUAACGGGAACGUCGAAGAUAACUCCGAUGAUCGAUUCUACUUCUCGGAUGAGGAAGAAGAAGAAGAAGAGGAAGAAUUUGACGAUAGUAGAGCAGAGGCUAAUUCGGAAAGUGAACAAGAACAGACUGGCAUACCGACACAAAACUGUAGCAAUAAUGAAAACAUAGAUCAAACUAAUUCGAAGGAAGUGAUCAUGUUUUCGGCGCCACCCGGCAAGAAAAAAGGCCGGAAAAAAGCUGGAGGCGUAGUAGCAACCAAGAAAAACGGAGAAGUUUCGCUGAAGAAAGCAGACAAAAAAUAUCCAUGCGCCGAGCCAGACUGUGAUAAGGUUUUCAACUCGAAAACUGCCGUUCGGUAUCAUGAAUUACAGCACAAGAAUGAAAGACCUUACAAAUGCUUACAAUGUCCGAAGAAUUUUUUCACUUCCAGUGCACUGAAAGUGCACGAACGGCUACACUCUGGAGAGAAGCCUUAUAAAUGCGAGGAAUGUGGGAGAGCAUUCCGACAGUGGGGUGAUAUGAAGUACCAUCAGUCUUCAAUCCACUCGAAUGAAAAAACCCAUCAAUGUGAGUUCUGUGGUAAAAAGUUUGCUCGCCGCUACUCAUUGGUUUUACACAGGAAAAUACAUUUGAAUGAAAAAAAUCACGUCUGUGACAUAUGCAAUAAAGCAUUUAGAGCCAGCUCUUAUCUUCAAUCACACAGAAUGAUUCAUACCGGCGAGAAGCCUUAUGCAUGUUCAAUCUGUUUCAAGAAAUUCCGCUGUGGAGGAGACAUGAAAAGGCAUCUCAAGACCCAUGACCGGAACAAAACGAUAACUGGCACGAGACAGACCGAACAAAUGAGCAAAGAUUUGUUCGAUAAAACAGCUGCUAAGGUGAUGACAAGGACGGACCAAGCAGCUGCAACCGAUGUGAUAGACUUAACGAAGAUUAAAUCGGAGAAUGGCAAUAAGGCCAGCGCUAUCCAGGUGCCUCCCGUUGUUACGGUACUGUCGAAAGAUAUCAAUCACACGAACGUUGGCAGUAAGAUAGCCACUUCCGCUGGUCAUUUGAUUUACCUCACGUCGUCUGCCAGAGAUCAGUUCCGGAAGCCGGAAGAAACCGUACUAGCGGACGUAACGCGAUGGUAACGCACCGUUCGUUCGUUUAAAUGUUUAGGUGAUGCAAUUGUGUAACAUAAGUGUUGUUUUACGGCCAUUUGGACCGGACACAUGUAAAUUAGUUUAGAGUAAGAAAAAAAGUGUUUUAUUCUUUUUCGAAUAAAAAAAACGAAAUAUACGCAUCGUGCUA